GGCUCCGACUGGCUAACAGAAACUAUUAGCAAUUUUAGGCUCCGUCGGACCUGAAAACACAGUUUUAUGCUGCAACGUUACAUGUGGCUUCUAGUUACCGGUAGUUUACAUAGGCUACUUUGGACUUUCAGUUUGUGACGUUAGUGCGUGCAUGUUUUCUUGUCCUCCAAUUGUCUGUUUCUGCUUUGAAACCGAGCAGCUACAAUGCAUAUUAAAGAGGAGACGAUAGCCAUAUUAAAGCAGUUUGACAGUGGAAACAAGUUCUCCUCUCUGUCGGUGCUGCCCAAAGCCUCAGUGCUGAUCCCACUGGUUGUGAAGAAUGGAGAGCUGUGCACCUUGAUGACCCUGCGUUCAAAAGAGCUGAGGACCAGUGCUGGUGAGGUGUGUUUCCCGGGUGGGAAGAGAGACCCCAGUGACAGAGAUGAUAUUGACACAGCUCUGAGAGAGGCAGAGGAGGAGAUAGGUCUACCACCGGAUGAUGUUCAGGUGGUCUGUAGACUGGUCCCUCUCAUCAGUAAGAGUGGUCUGUUGGUGACCCCGGUGGUUGGCUUCAUAGAUGAGUCAUUCUGUCCCUGUCCAAACCCAGCCGAGGUCAGUGCCGUGUUCACAGUCCCUCUGGACUUGUUCACCAGUGACAAGGACCACGAUGCUGUCCAGAGUGUUGCUGGGAUGAUGGGGUCUCUGCACUCUUUUUAUUUUGUGGACCCUGAUUCAGGAAGCCAGUAUCACAUAUGGGGCCUCACUGCUGUGUUUGCCAUACUGGUUGCUACCCUUGCUCUCAGGAAAAAACUUGAGUUUGAUAUUGUUUUUGACCCUGAGAACCCGUUAGCCUUCUUCCAACAGAUUCUACAUAGAAGAACUAGUAAAUUAUGACCAGGUGCUUUUACUGAUGUCGGUUGAAGCCAUACUGGUUAUAUAACUGCAGCACAUACAUUUACACUAUUGUGAGAAUCAGAGUGCAAUGUGCAACUUUACUUGCAUGCGUUAUUUUAAAAAUCAAUAUAAAAACCUUUCAGAGCUCUUUUUUUCUUUUAUAAUAGGUGCACCUAUACAUCUAAGGGGGGCGAAGAAAAGAAAUUAAUCAAGACAUUUAUAUUUUUAAUUUAUUUUUAAUGUAGCAGCAGGAUUACAGAUAUAAACAGAAGAGUAUACAAAUGUCCAGACCAAGGCAAGGUACAUGUUAAUAGUUCAGAUGUAUGAUAACACACUGGGGUUGACCUUUAUCCUGACUGCAGGAUCUUAAGGCUAGAUACUAAAGCUCAAGCUACACAGAACGGAUACAACAGAACUGUUGGAGAAUGUGAAAUAGAAAGCGAACUAGGUAAAGUGAGCAAACUGAUUACACACAAGAUACAGCUCACACUAUUGGCAAUUAUCAGUUAAUUUAUCAUGGUUGCUCCUUUUGAUCAAGCAUUUCACAGCAACAAUAGUAAUGUUGACAAGCACAUCAACACAAGAAAGCUCUCCAUUAAACAAUCUCCAUGGUCUCGUCCCUUUUACCUCACAUGUACAAAUCUCACAAGGCAUGAAAACAUUUUCAACAGAAAGUCACAAACAAGUUGACAAUUCACUGGUGAAGUUGCACAAUAUUAUGUUGAGAGUACUCACUCUGAUAUCCUGCAAUGGAUUUCUAAAGAGAAAAUGUUCAAACUUAAAUAAAUCUUGUCUAUAUGGGCUAUGGUUAUGCUUGUUUAGAAAUAAAAAUGCAAUCACUGAAAAGUGUCCCGAUGUUAAAACAGUCCUAGAGAAUAAAAAGGACAAAAGGAGCCAAAUAGCAAUGACACAAAAGGGAAACACAGCAGAGUAACAGUUAAGUUAUCAAGGCACACAAAGUUCUGUUGAAAGCAUCACUAUUGAAGUUCAAGAUACCCCUGCAGUAUAUUUCACAUUUAAUAUACAUGGAUAUUAAUUUACAUGACUUAAGGACAAAACUGAUAUUUUGUUAAGAUUUGUGUGCUAUCUCCACCGCCAUUAAAUUAAUGUUUCACGGUUUUUCAGGUGAAAGUGGCUAUUCGAAGAGUCAGACUGAGCAUCCUGGAUUGCUCAAAAUGAAACUGGAUGUGAAGAAACAUGAAAUUACACCAAAAUCCAAGACAAAACAAUCUGACAAAUGUACAGUAAUACAAAUGACAGUUGCUGUUGCUGCUGCUGCUGCUGCCACCCCACCCACCCUCUGUGCCUCAAAAUAUGUUUCUCUACAACUGUAAUUGGUCCGAUGUUAGAUGUAGAGCAAGCUCUAUGUCCACACCAUGAGGUAACAUUUACAUUCAUGAAACUGAAGUCACAGGUUGGCUUUCUGUGUUGGUAUGGCUUUAAGAGGCAUUACUGUUCCGCAAUUUUUCUGCAACAUCAUGUGCUCUUAAACUCCCAAAGAGGAAUGGAAUGCUUGGAAACAUCACUACUGCGCUCUAACCUGAUCUACAGUUAAUGGAUGAGUCAAAGUGCCAUUUGAGAUGCAUGAAAU